AUGAUUAUUGGAUCGUUGAACGUGAGAGGGGGAGGUAGUUUAUUGAAGAGGAGGAGGAUUAGUUCAAUCAUAACUAGGGGUAAGGCUGAUAUUUUUGUCAUCCAGGAAACUAAAAUUAGUUCUAUGGAGGAGGUCAUGGCCAAGAGUUUUUGGAGGAAGGACUACAUAGAGUACUCUUAUUCGAAUUCGGUAGGAAGGUCAGGAGGGAUGAUUACUUUAUGGAAGGGAGAUUCGGUUACUGUUCUUAACAGUUUUUCUGGUGAAGGGUAUCUAGGGAUUAAAGCUUUGUGGCAGGGUGAUGUUUACUAUGUUAUUAAUAUUUACUCCUCUUGUGAGUUCCAAAAGAAGGUGUUCCUACGGAGAACUCUUUUGGAUCUUAAAGGUAAAUUCGUGGAUGGUGAAUGGACAUUGUGUGGGGACUUUAAUGCCAUCAAGAAUAGUAGGGAAAGGAUUGGGAGGUCGAUGAACGAAAACGUCAACGAGAUGAAAGCCUUCGGAGAUUUCAUUAACAAUUGCAACUUGGUGGAUGUCCCGUAUAAAGGUAAACGUUUAUCGUCGUAUAGCGGAGAUGGUUUGUCGAUGAGUAGGCUUGACCGUUUUCUCAUUUCGGACUGCACUGUUAAUAAAUGGGGAAUAGUGGGGCAAAGCAUAGGGGAGAGAGACGUUUCAGAUCAUUGUCCCGUGUGGAUUGUUAAGGAUAAUGUUGAUUGGGGCCCGAAGCCGUUCAAAGUCAAUAAUGAAUGGUUCAAUUUCAAAUCUUUUUUACCCUUUGUUGAGAAAACAUGGAAAGAAGCGGUUGUUGAAGGGAGGAGUGAUUUCGUCCUUAAAGAAAAGUUUCGUAUUCUAAAAGGGAGGCUCAAAUGGUGGAACAAAGAGGUGUUUGGGAGGAUUGAUUUGGAGAUUGAGGAGGAGGUGUCAGAAUUGAAUAGGUGGGAUUCUUUACUUAAGGAGGCGUUGGACGAAGAGAGGGAGAAUAUUGUUAAAGUUAGGAAAGAGGUUUGUAGUCGAUUUUGGUUGAACCUGAGAAUCAAAGAAAACAUGGUCACCCAAAAAUCAAGGCUAACUUGGCUUAACGGAGGGGAUUCCAAUAGUAGAUAUUUUCACAAAGUCAUGGAGGAAAGGAGGAGGUAUAAUCACAUCGGUCCCAUUAUUUCAUCUAGUGGUUUGUUAGAAUCGGUUUCGGAAGUUAAGGAUGAGGUUUUCUCUCAUUUCUCUAGCAAAUUCGUGGAAUCGGAAAGGUCACGGCCUAGAUUGGAAGCGGUGUCCAAAUUAUUGGCGGGAAGAUUGAAGCGUGUCUUGGAUUCUAUUAUUUCCCCUAAUCAAAGCGCUUUUGUUCCGGGAAGGCAACUUCUAGAUGGUGUUUUGAUUUCUAACGAAGUGGCUGAUUAUGCACCAAAAGAAGAGAAGAGUUGUAUUCUUUUCAAGGUCGACUUUGAGAAGGCUUACGACAAAGUGAAUUGGGAUUUUCUUAGAUUCUUAUUGAAGGAGAUGGGGUUUGGGACUAUAUGGAUGAGAUGGAUGGAGCUCUUGAUCUUUCAAAGUAAGAUGUCUGUGCUUGUUAAUGGGAGUCCAACUAAAGAAUUUGUGGUGGAGAAAGGUUUGAGACAAGGAGAUCCUUUAUCCCCUUUCCUCUUUGUUCUAGUGGCGGAAGGUCUCACGGCUCUUGUGAAGAAAGCUACGUCUUUAGGGAAUUAUGAAGGUUUUCUCAUCAACGGUAAAUGCUGGGUGGAUAUUCUCCAAUUUGCGGACGACACUUUAUUGAUAGAGGAGGGAAAUUGGAAACAAAUUUGGGCUAUUAAGACCGUGUUGAAGGCGUUUGAGUUGGUUUCCGGGCUUGGCACUAAUUACCGUAAAAGCAAAUUAAUUGGCAUUAAUAUUAGCGACAAUUUGAUGGAAGCGGCGUCCUCUCUUUUAUCGUGCAAGGUGGAAGGCAAGGUUUUUUCUUUUCUCGGCAUCUUAGUGGGAGCUAAUCCUAGGAGGAUUUCGACUUGGAAUCCGUUAUUGGACAAGAUUAAGAAACGCCUUUCGAGUUGGAAGAAUAGGUUUCUUAAUUUUGCGGGGAGGAUCACACUUAUCAAAUCUAUCUUAUGUUCUUUAUCUAUCUUCACGAUGUCAUUUUAUAGGAUGCCGGCGAGGAUUGUCAGAAUAAUUACCAAACUUCAAAGUGAUUUUUUGUGGGGAGCCUCGGAGAAUAGUAGGAAGAUUCAUUUUGUGGGGUGGAAAAAGUUAUGUCUCCCGUUCAACAAAGGAGGAGUAGGAUUCAAGAGGAUGGAUGAUUUUAGUUUUGCUCUUCUCAAUAAAUGGAGGUGGAGGAUACUUCAUGGUUCGGAUUCUUUUUGGCUUAAUAUUCUCCGUGCUACAUAUGGCGACAUUCUAUUAAAAGUUUCUUCGGGAGGAGACUUUAUUUCAUCCGGUUCCUCUUGCUCCACAUGGUGGAAAGAUAUCUCAUCUCUUGGGAAGAAUGUAUCCAAAGACGCCAUUGCGAUUAUUGUUCCUUUUUGGUUGGAAACGGUUUCACCACUUCUUUUUGGCAUUCCAAAUGGGUGCAGGGGGCUGGAAUUUUCUGUUUUGACUGGGUCUGCACCUUCGAGUUUCGGUUCUGUGUACAUCCAUGCGCAAGGGGCUGGAAUGGUGCUGGACAGUGGGCCGAACACCACUGAUACAACCGGUUUUGACAGUGUGGAGGGGCUGUACCGCGUGCUGGCCGGUGCAAUUUUAAGGGACACGGGAGGCAAUGAUGUGGUUAAGUGGGAAGCAGAGAAGGAUAGCAUGUUUUCUGUUAAAUCUUGUUAUCUUUUUUAUGCAGACUCUUUUAUUCCUCACGGUCCGUAUGAGAAGCAUGAUGGAGCUUAUUCUCUUAUUUGGAAGACGAAUACUCCUUUCAAGACCAAAGUGUUUGGUUGGAGAAUUUUGAUCAAUAGGUUACCCACGAAGGAGCUCCUGUUAAAGAGAGGUAUCUCUUUCACAACUUCUUCGUCUAAUUGUGUGUUUUGUGGUAUUGCUCUUGAAUCUUUAGAACACGUUUUUUUCAAGUGUUCUAUCGUGAAGUUAAUUUGGAGGAAAAUAGCGGAGUGA